AUGUUGGAAAUUCGAACCUUGUCAGCUGACGAUUGGGAGGCAUGGAAAGCUGUGCGCUUGAGAGCUCUGGCAAAUGCUCCUGAUGCUUUUGGAUCGGGAUUCCACGACUGGGUCAAUGCGCCGGAAUCUCGAUGGCGUAGCAGACUAUCAAUACAAGAUGCAAUUGAUCUUGUAGCAUACAAAAUUGAUGAGGCUGCCAGCGAGCGCGCGGUUGGAAUGGCAACCGGGAUCCCGACAGGGAAUGGGGGAGCUGAGAUUAUCUCAAUGUGGGUGGACCCUAGCUUUCGAGGCAAAGGACUUGCUUCUUCUCUUAUUGGAAAAAUUGCGAGCUGGGCCGUGCAGUCUGGAUUCAUCGAGCUUCGACUUGCAGUACGACCAGAUAAUGCCAUCGCACAAUCAGUGUACCAACACAACAGCUUCAUUGUAUCCGACGAGCCUGGCGACGAGAUUCCUGAUGGCAGGCGAGAAAUUAUUAUGGUUCGUAACCUCGAAAAUAAGCAGGCCUCCAGUUCCCCAACGACGCUCGGGAACGCGUUAGAGUAA